AAAACCUGUUGGAAGCACCAAAAGUACAGUCAUUCCGGUUGUCAUAAAAUGUGCAUUCGUUAAAUCCCUGGAAAUCGGCAGUUGUUCAUUACGGACAGAUCAGCAAACGUUUGGUCUGGCCUUCAAAGAUUAGAGAACUAUAUCAAGGAUGCAAAACUCAAUGUUCGGAAUACGAUCAUGUUUGGCGAACCAUUGUCAGCCGCGUUCCUAGGUAAAGAACCGAAACAAGUCAUCAUGUUUCUUCCGUCAGAUUAUCUCGAAAAGUCGCAGAGGAAUCCUCUAGCUCAGCAUGGAUCGAACAGCCUUGGACUACGUGCAAAGUGUAUUCCUCCUAGUGAGCAUUUUUGUUGCAUUUGCGAUAUGUUCGGCUGACACUUGGGAUCUGAAGGAGAGUAUUUGAGGGUGAGAGAAAUCGCUGAAUGGAGAGACUGGGGAAUUCCUCGAUGGCCCGAUGCUCUCCAUACCCAGCUAGUUGAUUCGGAUGACAGUCAUAGUGACAGCGAUUGAAGAGGUUUUCGGGAAAAGAUACUUGGCUGCGAGGAGA